CAUAGCCUAUCAUGUGUCUGUGCGUUUCAUUGUGCGCUUGUUGCUUGCACGUGUGUUGCAGCGGGAAGCUUGGCUGUAAUAAGUCUUGUUGUUAUGUCAAGUGGUGCAUUUAUUUACUAGUUUGAAGCCUAGUCACACUAGUCAGUGCGCACUGUUACGGAUCGACGCUCGGCUUGGCAAUGUGUUGUGAUGUGAUUGUGCGCUGUGCAUCGGCGAGGGACUUCACCGUGCUGUUUGCCGAUUCAUACAUGGGCCUCGGCGAGUCUCGCCCUGUGUCACCGUGAUUAACUGCCUGUCAGUAGUGCUGCGAUGGUUGUGUGCGCGUCCUGUGGCGGCGAGGACUUCGAAGAAGUCUCGGGCCUCUACUACUGCUCCGAGUGCAACACCCAAAGCCAAGAGGUGCGCGUCGAACAAGUGGACGAUGAAGGUGCCGCACCACCUCCGCACGUCGGUCGCGCCUCUCCGCGGCAGUCGCGCAAGGAGAUGGGCGACAAGCCGCAGGAGAGCAAGCGCCACUACCAGACGAACGAACUGUUCAACAUGAUUCUCGUGCGCCAAGUCGACGCGCUGGUAUCGCUGGGCGCUUCUCCCGAGAUCCGCGGGGUCGUGUGUCGGCUGUGGAUGGACUACCUCGUCAAGCUAGAAGCCGUGAGUCGCGUCGAGGACGACGAGCGAACGCCCCGCCUCGGCGUCGCGAACCGAUGGAGCGACUUGCGAACUGUCGAAGAGCUUCUCGCGACUUCCGAAACGAACGAACGCAAGCGUAAGAAACUGCAGAAAGCGCUGUUCGGCUCGGGUGUGCGGACGCGACUCACGCCGCGCUCGUCUCGCCGUCGCAAGCAGCUGAGGAACCGCUGCGCGGUCUCUCGAGCGCACAACCACGACUCGGAGUGCGAGGACAUCUUAGAAGAAGAGGCCGCCACAGCUACGGAUGGAGAACAGGUCUCCGACGACGAGUGGGAGGACUUUAGGUCGACAGCCGCCAAGGAGUAUCUCGACCACGUGUCCAGCCGUGGCGUCAACGUGCACGACAAGAAAGUCGGCCGGGAAACUGAGGUGACCGUGAUAACUCUCCAGCGGCUUUUGUGCGUUCUCUAUUUAGGCGUUUUGAUUACGGGAGAUCCCAUAUUGCUGACUGAUAUCUUGAGGUGGGCCCGGGACGGGCACCUGCCGUACCUGCAUGUUGUGAAGUUCCUGCCCGAGGACGCCAAGCUGUGGGGACAACAGUGGCGAACUUUCGUGAGACUGGCGAUGCCCACGAUUGACGAGCUUGCAGUGCAGGCGGCCCAUUUGGCGCACUUCCUCGGAGUCCGGCACGAGCUGAAACAGCCGCCACUCCUACCGAUCGUCAUGCGCCUCGUGGCGGACCUCAACCUCCCUCUGGAGUUCGUGAACGUCUGCGAGCAAGUUCUUCGCACCCAUCCCGACAUGGUAACUCGCUGGGACGCGCCUCCCGCACGAACAGCACGCUCCGUGCCCCUUUUCUCUCCCGUCUGCGAAGUCAGAGCUGCGGCUCUCCUGCUACUGUCACUGAAGCUUACUUUCGGGCUAAAUGGCAGCAGGGAGAAACGGCUGUCACAAGCCACCGAAGAGUUGGCCAGCCGCCAUCCCGGAGCAAACCUGUUUGUGUGGGCACGCUGGGAGAAACACAUGCGCUCCAGGGUCCUUUUGCUGCGUUCGAGCUGCUACAUCUUCGAGCCUGAGGAUCUCGAUGACAUCAGGGACGUGGGUGUCUUGUUUCGUCAUCCUGACAGCAUUCCAGGUGACCGUUGCAUGGUCACAAAGGCGCUAAGGGAGGGUCUGCAGAAGUCAUUUCGGGAGAUGCAUGAGAGGGAACUUGCCUUUAAAAGCGUGCCUGCAACUAGCUUUGCGAUUUCACCAGCCAUACGUUUCUUCUCUGAAAGGGUGGCAGUUUCUUCAGGGCUGAGGGUAAUAUUGGAGGAAUCAUUUCUUGACCAGGAUGUGACAUAUCUCACCCGUGCCAGUGAUGGUGUCGCAUCUCUCGGAGGUUGGGCUGAGUUGUGCCAAAGGGAGCCAGAGUUUGCGGCCAUUGUGCAAGACAGUUGUGACCGGUACUGGACGGUCGCAUUGAGGAGAGUUUAUGAUAUGAAGUAUUCCACCAUUGUGCAACACUCGCUCCCUAAAAUUUUCCUUUUUCUAUUAGAGGUGAUUGCAGCCAUUACACAUUGCCCCCCAAAGGAGCUAUACAGGGACCUUUUGCGGAUUGAAGCGCUAUUUGUGAGGCAAGACCAUGUCCUUUAUACAUAGUAUGUGCUUCACAGUGUCCUAAUAUUUAUUGCAAAAACUGUUAUCCUUUAUUUACAUUGUUGCACAUUGUUAUGUGGGGUUGAGGCAAUGACAUGACACGUGAGAUAUGCAUUUUUCAGCUCUGACAAUUGUUUUUUUUUGUAUUGUCAGUAUUACAAUGUAAUACUAAAUCCAAAAUCAAGAAUGGGGCUGACAGAUGGAGCAGCACAUUGUGGUAUAAAGGUUGUAAACAGGGAUAAGGUGCCUCAGAAAAGUGGGCCAAUGUUUUGAUAGGAGGACCUAUCUUCAUCAAAGGCGGCCUUGUCAUCCUUCGCAUGCUAGCUUUAACGGGGUAGUAGAGUAAUGGCACGUGCAGUUGUUGUCGGUGGCAUCUGGCUGUAAAGGGAGAGACUGCAAAGUAAAUGAGCGCUGUCGCCUGAGGUCUGUAAGCAUGGUUUCUAAGAUGAGGAGUCAAGUGUGGAAAGGCGGGAAGAACAAAAAAUGACCAAGAGGGAAAAACAAAGAAUAAAAAACAAAAGAAAAAUACAGGCAUAGGAGUAUGUUGGGGGAGUGAGAGGUGAGGGACAUUCGGGGGUAUCAUUGGUGGCAUGCUUUUGUGGCUUUAGAAGAGCUGGUCAGCCGAUCAGUGCGUGAGUAACAAAAAGACAUCACUUGAAAGAAUGACUUGAGUAGUGUAGCAACAAUGUGCCAGAUAAUUUUCAAGGAGUUAUGAUGGUGACAGGGAGUCUUGGGUGCAAUGAAAGGGGUAGCUGGAAGGCAGCGGCUUGGCCUUUCAAGGGACGUUAGCCUCAGUUGCUCAAUGUAGGUGUCGUCACAGCGGUGUACGGAAGUCGCGACACCCUAUGUGGCUGAAGUGCUGAAAAAGGUAUCCUAGCAUCUGGGACAUUGGAAUGUGUUGGUGAGAGUGUUUCAAAAAGAUACAAUAAAACAGACA